AUGGCAGAAAAGAAACUGUACGAUGCUGCAACAAUUGGAGAUGUAGCAACACUCAAACAACUCCUCCAAACAAAUCAACACCUUCUCGAUGUAGUCUCAUUAACCUCAUGUCUGAAAAACGUGUUACACAUUGCAAUAAAGAAGGGACACGAAAGCAUCGUGGCAGAGGUGCUGAAGAUCAACCCGGAGCUGGCUCUCGAGCUCGACUCCAACAACUCGUUGUCUCUCCACAUCGCGGCUGCAAAAGGGAAUGCGGGGAUCGCGAAAAGAUUGAUGGAGAUAGCCCCGGAGAUGUGCUGGUGGCGAGACAGCCAUGAUAUGUACCCGCUUCAUGUAGGGAAUGAGGCGGUGCUGGAGGAGAUGCUUCGGCUGGAUUCCUUUGCGGCCGCGGAAAGGCUGCAUCGCGGACAGACUAUGCUGCACUUGUGCGUGAAACAUCGUCAGCUUGGGACGUUGAUGGUUUUGGUGGAUAAACUGGGAGACAAAGACCUAGUGAGUGCAGAGGAUGAUGAUGGAGAGACAUUGUUGCAUUUUGCUGUGAGGACUUAUCAACUUGAAGUAAUUUACUACUACUUUUUUAAUUAUAUUGUCGGAAAAAUCAUACGUGACAUCACCACUACAAUAAAUUUAUCUUUUAAGGACGCAAAAUUAAGGACGCAAUCAUUUGCGUUAUAA